ACUCUACCGCUCUCAUACAGACUCAGACACACACACACACACGUCACCCAGAUACAGUCAGUCACAGUGUAACACACACGGACCGAGGUCGCUAACGCUACAAGCUGAGCAGUCACAAAUACCAGCAAGGAAUCAUUGACCAUCCACCCUCCCAGCAGAAGUCAUAUAACAUAACGGAGGAAACGUCUAAGAAGUUGAAAGAGAACUCUUCAGCCUUUUGGAAUUGAGACUGUACCAGAUCCACCAGACGUUGGGAUUUAAAGCCCUUUGUUGAACCAGGCCGGCACCAGCAUUUCCCAACAGCACCAGAGAAAGGGAGUUCAUCUAGGAUCAGCCAGUAUGCUGGCUCAGAUCUUACAGGAGAUGUGGGUGGACCCAGAGGUUUUGGAGGCCCUGAGUGAAGACCAGAGGAGAAUCUUAUUCCUGAAGAUGAGAGAGGAGCAGGUCAGACGCUGGAUAGAGAGGGAGGAGAAGGACGAGAGAGAGAGGAGAACCAGGGAACAACACAGGUCUAAAAAAGGUCACAGUAAGAGCGUGCGCUGGCUGUUGGGUCGUGAUGGGGAUGUGAGUGUGAGCGUGAUCGGAGAGGUGGAUGAAUUUAGAUCCUCCAAACUCCUCCAGACCCUUCGUACCAACACCAGACUACAGAGUGCAGAAAUAAACAACCUAGUGGUUGAUCUCCAUACUGUGUCUCUACUGACAGACAGAGUGAACCACCAAACCAGCUCACAAUCAACCACACUGAUGCAACUCAGCGUAGACUCAGAUGGCUCUAAGGACUCUGAGGAGGACCAGGACUCAGGCAGCGCUGAGGACGACCCAAAGGACCCCGGGGAGGACAGCAGCGACAAUGAGUCAGGCAACAGCACCGACGACCUAAAGGACUGGGGCCUCUGCUACAGACCCCACCACAGCAACAUCAGCCUGUCUCUCCAACCCCAGCUGUCAGUCACAGAGAAGGCCCGCCCACACGGCAGAGGAGUGGUGGUCAGUCAUGAGGAGGAGAGCCCAGCGUUUGGUGGUCGGGUGGCCCAGCUCAGGAGAACGUUUGCCACAUCCUCUCCCAUCGCCAAGCCCCCUGUGCCCACCAAACCUUCACACCUGAAGCUGGUGCCCAGGUCCUCUAGGUAACACCAGGGUCACCCACGGUCAACCAAUCACACAGAAGAGGUACUGCCCACCUGAAGAGCUCAUUUGAAUACCAGGUAAAAGUGACCUACGGACAGACACUCACCUGAGGAACGGUGCAGAGAAAUAGGAGCUACAAACUUAGCCGAGUUAAAGGUGGACAUGCACAGCAGAGUGGGAGGAAUGCUUGACACUGGUACUCUGGUGAAUUGCCCCCCUCUUUGAAGGUUUGUGGAGACUGCGUGGUAGUUAUACACUUCCACCUCUCCUUGAACCUAAAUACACAAGAGGUUUGGACAUGGUUAAUACAAGAGCUAUUUCUACAUAGUUACAUGGAAGUUUGUAUCUGAUUUGUACAUGGGGUGGAGGACACGAUUUAGCUUUACGUUUGUAAUCAUGAAUUAUGCAUCAUUUAUUUUCACUUUGCUGUCUCUCGUAUGUUUGGGCCAUAGAUCAAACCAUCCUGGUAUGUUUGGGCUUUAGGUCAAACCAUCCUGGUAUGUUUGGGCCAUAGGUCAAACCAUCCUGUCAUGUUUUUAGUUACCUGAUCUUUUGCUUUAUUAAUUGUGUUCAUUAUCUAACAGUCUAACCUCGUAGGCUUUCUAGUCAUAUCAUGUUUUGUAUAUCUGCACUGUAACUACAUUUGUUUGAGGAGGCUAUUUCUAUUUUGUGUGUGAAACAUGCUUGUGCGAAACACAUAUUUCUUUGACCUGUUGGUCUCUAAUUCAGCUAAAUAAAAAUGCUGAAGAAAUGUG